UUUCCGUUGAACUUCUUCCAUCUUCCACAAUGUCCGUCCCCUUGUCCGACGUCGGUCUGUAUGGUCUUGCCGUCAUGGGCCAAAACUUCGCCUUGAACAUGGCCGAACAUGGAUUCUCUGUGUCUGUGUGCAACCGCUCCCCCGACAAGGUCGACACCACCGUCCAACGCGCCAAGGACGAAGGCGGACUCCCACUUGUGGGCCACAAGGACGUGAAGGACUUUGUCCUGUCGCUGUCCCGUCCCCGUAAAAUCAUCAUCUUGGUGCAAGCCGGCAAGCCCGUGGAUGACACGAUUCACGCGAUCUCCCAGCACUGCGAAGAAGGCGACAUCAUCGUUGAUGGCGGGAACGAGUGGUUCCCUAACUCGCUGCGUCGCGCCAAGGAAUUGGAACCCAAGGGCAUUUUGUUUGUCGGCAUGGGUAUCUCGGGCGGUGAAGAAGGAGCGCGCAAGGGUCCUUCCCUCAUGCCAGGUGGUCCCCGCGCAGCCUUUGACGCGUUGGAACCCAUUCUCAUCAAGUGUGCCGCGCAAGUGGACGGCAGUCCGUGCACGACGUACCUCGGGGAAAUCGGAUCGGGCAACUACGUGAAAAUGGUGCACAACGGCAUCGAAUAUGGUGACAUGCAAUUGAUUGCGGAAGCGUACGACGUGCUCAAGAUUGCCGGUGGCCUGAGCAACGCUGAAUUGGGCGACGUGUUCAAAGAGUGGAACUCUGGCGAAUUGGAAAGCUUCCUCAUUGAAAUCACGGCCAUCAUCUUGAAGAAGAAGGACGACUUGGCCGGUGCGGACAAGGACGUGUAUCUUGUCGACAAGAUCCUCGACAAGACGGGCAUGAAGGGCACAGGUCGCUGGGUGGUCCAAGAAGCCGCCGAGCGCUCCGUCGCCGCCCCCACGAUUACGGCGUCGCUCGACGCGCGUUACCUCAGCGGGCUCAAGGAACAGCGCGUGGUCGCUUCCAAGAUCUUGAACGGCCCCACCGAAAUCCCUUCGGUGGACAAGCAACAACUCAUCGACGACGUCCGCCAAGCGCUGUACGCGUCCAAGAUCUGCUCGUACGCGCAAGGCCUCAACUUGAUCCGCGAAGCCGGCGUCCAGAACGGCUGGAAGAUCGACCUCGGCGAAUGCGCGCGCAUCUGGAAGGGCGGGUGCAUCAUCCGCGCGGCGUUCCUCGACCGCAUCAAGUCGGCGUACGUCAAGGACCCGUCCCUCAACUCGUUGCUGAUCGACGCGGACUUUGCGAACGAACUGAACGCGCGCCACUUCUCGUGGCGCCGUGUCGUGUCGUUGGCCGUCGCCAGCGGCAUCCCCACGCCGUCGUUCUCUGGCUCGUUGAACUACUUUGACAUGUACCGCCGCGCGUCGCUGCCGGCCAACUUGACCCAAGCGCAGCGCGACUUUUUCGGCGGACACAGCUAUGAGCGGACAGACCGCGAAGGCAACUUCCACUGCGAAUGGACCAACGCCCACCACAGCAUUGGCAACGUUGCCGAACGCAACCGUGGCAACCUUUAAGUAGCUGUGACAAUGGCAUGGCGUGCAUGAUAACUUGCAAAGUCGUUUUUUAUUGUCGAUAGUAGUGUACGAUGGUACUUGGGACUG